AUGUCUGAGCCAGGCCCGGAGUCCAUCCCUACCAGCGCCGACCCUCGCAGUAAACGGCCCACCAAACGACGUGCCAUCACACCUCUUUCCGAACAUGCAACCCAAAUUGAGACCUUGUUCAAGGAUCCAUCGAAGGAGAUUCAGCUCCCCGGGGUUUCAAAGCAGCGGACAUCUUCUUCGCUCGCUCCCCCGCCAGAAAUUGUAGCCAACGUGCAGGGUUCGUCGGCCGGUGCUGGCUCCGGCGAGUUUCAUGUUUAUAAAGCCAGCCGUCGGCGGGAAAAUGAGCGGUUGCGAUUGAUGCAGGCAGAGGUGGACAACGAAAAUGACGAUGCGGCAUGGGAGAAGGAGCGGGAAGAAUCCAAGCGCAAGGAUGAGGAGAAGACAGACAAGAAUCGCCGGAGGCGCGAGAAGAAGCGCGCUGCCAAAAAUAACAAGAAACCAGCUGGGAGCGCAAUGGACGUCGACAAGGCCCAGUCCAUGGAAGAACCCAAUCCUUCGGUGCAGGAAAAGAAUGCUGAUUCAGAGGAUGCGGAGGGUCAACCGGCGGCAGAAGUUCCCGGUAUAAUUAUUCACGAUGAAGACUAG